CUCACGGUGGUUUUUUGGAGAUUGCAGUAAAACGGAUACAGAUACUUGAAAAGCGCUUAAGUGCAAAUCUGUAAAUUGUGGUAGUAAUGAUUUAGUUUCCUAGGAUAACUCUGUCUUCCUCAUGUUCUCCUGAUACUGAUGCAUCUCGAUAAGAUUUAAUAUCUUUAAGAGUAACGACUUAGCUAUGUUAGGUAGACUUGUAUCAUAUGGCCCUGAUAUUUGUCAACCUGUUUGUGUUAUCAGGACCGCAGGUAGAUUUAACUAUCUUGGUACAGUCAUAUUUCUUAAACCAGUCCUUUUUGCAACGUAUUCUGAAGAGACUCUCCUCAUAUUCUCUCGAUUCUUGGAGAGUUGAUUGUAUUAGGAGUGCAGAUGUCUGUAUAACGACCUAAUUCCCUAGAAUAAUCCUUUUGCCAAUUAUUCUCCUGAUACAGAUGCUGCUAGAUAAUACCUACUUGAUGUUUUUACGAGAAGGAACAUUGUAGUUAGACUCAUGACAUAUUCUCCUCAUACUUGGGAAGUAAUUAAUUGUCUCAUGACUACAGAAAGCUCAUUUGGGCGGGAGGACAUGGUAAAGUUCUGCGUUCUGCGCUCAGAAGCGAACCAUGAUUUGAGUUGUUUUGUGGUCAACUGCUGUAUUAGGAGAACAUAGUGUGUAAUCAGUGAUUUCCUGGUCUCUCCUUAUCGCUACAGUGAUUUUGGGAUCAAGUUUACGAUUAGGAGGACGUAACAGUUGUCCGUCAAUAAGUUAUAUUCCACCUUUUUUUUGCCCUUUAUGCGAUCCCGGUACAAUUUUUUUAGAAAAUGGGUUAGAUAAGGGUACGUGGGUGGUUAAGACUAAUCUCAUAUUUUCCUGAUACUGGGUUCAUUGUAUCAGGACUGCAAAUAACUCGAUUCCCAGAUUUCCUUCGCACUGAACCCUUUCUUAGAACUAAUGCUUUCUGGCCUAUAUUGUUCUGACACCGAGGCCAAUCGAUAAGAGGUACUUUUAUCAGGAGUUACGGUUUAAUUGUUUGGAUUGUAGCUUUGAGUUGAUUGUGCGAUUCAAAUUCCGAUAACGCUUGAUAAGAAUUAUUUUUAUUGCGAGUAAAGCUUUAAUUAUUUUAGUUUCAAAUUCUACUUGUUAUUGCACAAACAAUUAAUUAUAUCAGGAGUCCAGAAAGAUUUUUUCUGCUUAUAUUCUCCUAAUACAUUGCAAAAGACACUCGUUAAAGGACAUUAAAAGACUGCUUGACACCUAAAACGUACUUGUUUUCAUCUGCCGCACCUUUUGACAACUUUUCACAAAUUCUGCCCUCCUAAUACAAAAUUUGCUACCAAGAUUAAUACCAAUACCAGUAUCUCAAGCGGAAAUAUGCCCUUUAUCAUUAAAUAGUUUUUGGUUUUCUUUUGAUGCACAAUUUUCCAUUAAAAAUUGCCGUAUCAGGAUCGCAGUACCUCAAGUGAGUGUAGCCCUCGAAAAUCUUUGGAGGACUGCACAGAACUACUGUAGAAGAUUUCCUUUUAUGUACUCCUGGUUGUUCUCCAAUGCUUAAUAAUUUUAGGCUAACACUCUGAAGAGGAAGCUUUUCAAGUUAGCAGCACGUAACCGCGGCAGGAACAUGCGGAAAGAGAUCAACGCUUUUGGACUUCAAUUGUUGCACUACGAAUUGAAAGUGUCAGCGGCCGGAUUUUUCACCAUCGAUUGGUCACUGCUCUAUACCGUAAUCGAUUUGCACAUUUCUUCGUGUGGAUAAUACAAGAGGAUGUUGUAGAUGGCAUGUGCGGGGUGCACGUACCUUAUCAUCUUCAUACAGUUUGAUUUGGCAGCAGUCUAACCGAAAAAGUUCCAAUGUUUCAUUACCACCCUCAUGCCAAAGCGCGUUGAACCGUAAGCGAAGUUAGGUUAUCCACCUGUAAUUUACUGCAGGGUGUUUUUAUAUAUUGAUCUGGCACUCUAUUAAUCUAGACCUAGGAUUACUUUUGACGCGCAGGGAAAUUGAGUACGAGUAAAAAUUUAAAUGUGACAUAAAGAUUGGCGACCUUCCUUCCAAAUUAGAAACUAUCACGGUGAAUACGAACAAACGCGUAAAGUUUUAAACCCGCGAAUUAAAAUUCUGACCGUGCUGUUAGUGGCGCGGCUGUCACUCCACGCCAAACCCGCACUAUGCUGCGUGCUCCGAGAAAAUCCGGCUCGAAGGACCAAAUGUUCAAACAAUUUUUUUUAUGAAUUGGUACAAAGAGAUGGAACGAUGGAAUAAAUGAAUAAGUAGGAGUAGAUCGUUUACUUUCUUUAACACAUUUCUACACUAAACCUAAAGGUUGAUACAAGCUUUCCAACUAUUGAACCUUGAGCAGCCUCCAAUGUCUACUACUUAAAUAAAGUAAGACUCCAACCCGUAGCUUCUUACGUAUUUCACGAUUCCGAGCACAAUCAAGAAUACGUUCAGCACCGAUAGGUAUAUCAGGAGCACGAAGCAUAUGUAGUAGAAGUCGGCGGGUGGCCUGUAAAUGCGCGACUCUUGCCUUUCCAUAGGAACUGGGAAGGGAAACUCGCUCAAUUGACGAAUAAACCGCAAUUACAGCCGCCUUCCUGUCGUAUUUUUAAUCGAACUGAGGUUUUGGCUCAACAUAGAAUUGUAAACGUUUCGUCGAAAGAGGGCGUUCUGGCAUGGUUUACCUAUUAUGUUCAGGAGGCUGAAGAUACUCACGGCAUUCUAGACAGAAUAUCCAAAGUACUCAGGAUCCUCGAGGAUAUAUGAGCGGUUUCGAAAAAGUUUGUUCAAAAUUUUGAAAAUUCUGAAUCUGGCAAAUUCUUUGGAAGGAUUUCAAUAUUUUUUGGAAACAUGCGUACCAAGACAUUCACAAAAUGUGUUAGUGGCAGGUAAAUGUGAAGUGUGGCGCCAUCUAUAUAAAUCCAUCCUACUUUCGAUCCAAACCCUGACUUACCGGACCAAAACACUUUAUCUAUUACAAUGUGGUUUACUCUAAUCAAUCACUAAUCAAGCAUCUUACCUUCGACGAUGUGUGCUUUUGGUUCGUGCGAAAUAGAAUUUGAAAAAAAAACGUAUCGGCCCGGAGAUCCUGUGAGUGGAAAGGUUUGUUGCACUUUCCCACUAGAGUGCAUAGUUAGAGAUAUAAUAAUAACAUUCUCCGGAAGGGCAAAGGUGUGUUGGAGCGAUGGAGACGGGCGAACGUACGCCAAGAUUGAGCCACUCUUUAAAAUGAAAUCCAGCCUAUUGCAAUCUCAAACGAAAUUCGGGCCGGGGCGUUACGUUUACCCCUUCACGUUGAACUUGCCCGAAAACUUACCAUCUUCAGUGGAGGCGACGUGCGGAAUGUCGCGGGGGAGGAUAAAGUACAAGGCCCGAGUGAAGAUCAACAGGAAGUGGAGCCUAGAUUGCACUUGCGAGAAAAUCUUUGAAGUGUACACAUGCAAUGACCUAAACGCAAUGAGUAGUGCUUCUCCCGUUGAACGCUCGAUUGAGAAAAUUCCGACUUCGCUCGGCGUCAGCGGACCGAUUCAAUUUACGGUCAGCCUAUCGGACGACCGAUGCGUGCCCAAUCAGGUGGUUCGAUUUGUAGCGAGGGUGAAAAACGAUUCCUGCACGACGGUGAACGAGUUGCGCUUCAGGAUCGUGCAGGGUUUCACCUUCCAUGUCAAGUCGAAAAGGGAAGAGAUUACAGUAUCCGCUACGGACCUGUUCGCGGUGGUCAACAGUGUCGUGGAGCCUGGCGUGGAGAAAUUCUGGAAGCUUCAACUCAAAAUUCCCGCAAACAUGUCUGUCGCCUCAUUGCCCAAUUGCAAUGUGAUCAAGGUAUUCUGGGAGUUAAGGGGCGAAGUUCGUCUGUCUUUUCCACAUAGGAAUAUGCGCAUUGAGGUACCACUACGUCUUGGACCUGUUUCCCCACCUGAAAAUCCUGAGCUGUAUGGAAAUUCGCACUGAAACCAGCACCAUUCGUCAUUUUCCACAACUUGCAACAUGAAAAUGGACGUCGCCUACCUCUCCAUUCAACUCCAUCCGUGAAUCGGUUAAAGGAGUAACAGAAUUAAUUCAAUCUCGUUGUUACGUUGAUGGUAUAGCAAAGACAUUUCUAUUCGGCUGUUGAAGCAGUUCUCUUGGCUUCCAUCGUUCAAAUUUAAUGAAAAAAACCUUUAUAAUGUCCGUAGAUUGAGAAAAGCAUACGAAAUACAGUAAUUUUUAAAUAAAGUACAUGACUUUC